AUGAAAAUAGUUGUUAAAUGUGUGUUUAAGAAGACUGAACAUCGGUUAUGUAUGUGGCACAUAAUGAAAAAGUUACCAGAUAAGGUGGAGAAAUCAAUCAUGCAAGAAGAAACUGGUUUCCUAAAAAAAAUAUGUGCUUGCAUUUGGCAUCUUGAAAUUGAACCCGCUGAGUUUGAAGAAAGGUGGAACAAGGUGAUGGUUGAAUACCACUUGGAAUAUCAUGAGUGGUUAGGUUAUAUGUACAAGAUAAGGGACAAGUGGAUUUCGACGUAUUCCAGAGAUGUGUUUCUUGGAGGAAUAAUGCGUACAACAUCAAGAUCUGAAAGUGAAAACAACUUUUUCUGCUCCUUUAUCAAUCCUCAUGUGUCACUUGUUGAGUUUUACUUGAGAUAUGAAGCUGCAAUUGAUGCUCAGAGACACACUCAAGGUCAGAAUGAUAAUCAUUCAAAGCACAAAUAUCCUGAGCGCAAAACCACCACUAGGGAUAGAAAAAAAGAAAAUGGAUUGGAAGUUGCAAAAGUAAGUGAAGGAAAUAGGAUUAGAACAUUUGAUGUUGUGUUUAAUCUAACUAACUAUGACACCACAUGUUCUUGCAAGAUAUUUUAUAGACAAGGAAUUCCAUGUAGAGAUAUGAUUUGGGUUUGGAAAGCAAAAAGGUUUGAAACCAUUCCUGAGCAGUAUAUGAUACACAGAUGGACUAUUAUGGCACUGAAAAAACCAAUUUUUGACUUGGGUGGAAACCUGUUGGAGCAAUGUGCUAAUUUAAUUGACAAGAAAAAAUUGUUAAAUGAUUUAUGGUCAGAGAUACACACUUGUGUAAGUUUGGCAGAAGGAAAAGAUGAAGAUAUUCAAGAUCUUGUGAUAAAUCUUCAAGGAAUAAGAAAGGAUUUGGAGGCUAAGAGGAUUGCAAGAAAUAAUGAAACAAUAGUUGGAAGUGCAAACAAUAAAGGACAAGACAUUGAGCUAUUGAUUGGAGCUAGUGUGCCAACUAAAAUAAUUGUCAAACCUCCAAAAAUUUCAAAGAAUAAAGGGACUGGAGUUCAUGUAUCAAAUAAAGAGACUUCAAAAAAGAAAGGGGCUGAGAUUGAUGUGCCAAAUUUUGAAACAAGAGGUAGAAGUGCAAAAAGGCUGAAGGGAGAAAAAGAAAAGGCUUUUAUAGUCCAAGUUUCAGCCGAGUUGGAAAAGGGAAGGUGGAUGACUGGUGUGCAAGGUCACUCAGAACCAUCUACUACUUAUAUUGGCCAUAAAUAG